AUGAUUGUGCUAUUCCUCUUUGCCUUGCUCUGGAUGGUGGAGGGGGCCCUUUGCCAGCUCCAUUACACGGUGCAGGAGGAGCAGGAGCAUGGCACGUUCGUGGGGAAUAUCGCCGAGGACCUGGGCUUGGACAUUACAAAACUUUCGGCUCGCCGCUUCCAGACGGCGCCCAACUCCCGCAGCCCUUACCUGGAGCUCAACCUGGAAACCGGGGUGCUCUACGUGAAUGAAAAGAUCGAUCGGGAGCAGAUCUGCAAGCAGAGCCCCUCCUGCCUGCUGCACCUGGAGGUCUUUCUGGAGAACCCCCUCGAGCUGUUCCGGGUGGAAAUCGAGGUGCUGGACAUCAACGACAACCCCCCCUCCUUCCCGGAGCCCGAUCUCACCGUGGAGAUCUCCGAGAGCGCUACGCCAGGCACCCGCUUCCCCCUGGAGAGCGCCUUCGACCCCGACGUGGGCACCAACUCUUUGCGCACCUACGAGAUCACCCCCAACAGCUACUUCUCCCUCGACGUGCAGACGCAGGGGGACGGCAACCGCUUCGCCGAGCUGGUGCUGGACAAGCCUCUGGACCGCGAGCAGCAAGCGGUGCCCCGCGACGUGCUGACCGCGGUGGACGGCGGGCAGCCCCCGCAGCGCACCGGCACCGCCCUGCUCACCAUCAGGGCGCUGGACUCCAACGACAACGUCCCCGCCUACGACCAGCCAGUCUAUACCGUGUCGCUGCCCGAGAACUCGCCUCCGGGCACCCUGGUGCUGCAGCUCAAUGCCACCGACCCCGACGAGGGCCAAAACGGCGAGGUGAUCUACUCUUUCAGCAGCCACAUCUCGGCCCGCGCCCGGGAGCUCUUCGGCAUCGCGCCGCGCACCGGGCGGCUGGAGGUGAGCGGCGAGCUGGACUACGAGGAGAGUAGCGUGUACCAGGUGUACGUGCAAGCCAAGGACCUGGGGCCCAACGCCGUGCCGGCCCACUGCAAAGUGCUGGUGCGGGUGCUGGAUGCCAACGACAACGCACCCGAGAUCAGCUUCUCCACCGUCAAGGAGGCUGUGAGCGAGGCGGCGGCGCCGGGCACGGUGGUGGCCCUUUUCAGCGUCUCAGACCGCGACUCGGAGGAGAACGGGCAGGUGCAGUGCGAGCUGCUGCAGGGCGAUGCGCCCUUUCGCCUCAAGAGCUCCUUCAAGAACUACUACACCAUCGUCACCGAGGGGCCGCUAGACCGCGAGCAGCCGGGCGGCGACGCCUACACCCUGACCGUGGUGGCCCGGGACCGCGGGCAGCCGCCGCUGAGCACCAGCAAGUCCAUCCAGGUGCGGGUGAGCGACGUGAACGACAACGCGCCGCGCUUCAGCCAGCCCGUCUACCAGGUCUACGUGAGCGAGAACAACGUGCCCGGCGCCUACAUCUACGCCGUCAGCGCCACCGACCGGGACCAGGGCGCCAACGCCCAGCUCGCUUACUCCAUCCUGGAGAGCCAAAACCAGGGCAUGUCCGUCUUCACCUACGUCUCCAUCAACUCUGAGAACGGCUUCCUCUACACAAAACAUCAGCGUGCUGAGCUCAGUUAUCUAGUUGACAGACCUCGACGAGUAAACAGUUCUGCAUUCCAGGAAGCAGACAUAGUAAGCUCUAAGGACAGUGGUCAUGGAGACAGUGAGCAAGGAGACAGUGAUCAUGAUGCCACUAAUCGAGGUCAAUCCUCUGGCAUGGAUCUGUUCUCCAAUUGCACGGAGGAAUGUAAAGCACUGGGCCACUCAGAUCGGUGCUGGAUGCCUUCCUUUGUUCCAUCUGAUGGACGCCAAGCUGCAGAUUACCGCAGCAAUCUGCAUGUACCUGGCAUGGACUCCGUUCCAGACACUGAAGUGUUUGAAACACCAGAAGCCCAACCUGGGGCAGAAAGGUCCUUCUCCACCUUUGGCAAAGAGAAGGCCCUUCACAACACUCUGGAGAGGAAGGAGUUGGAUGGACUACUGUCUAAUACACGAGCGCCUUACAAACCACCAUAUUUGAGUAAGUACUAUUCAAAAAGCUGUAUGAAAGUGUUCCCUUUGCGGGAAUAA